AUGGACGUGUCGGCUCCGCCGGCGGACCCGGAGGAUGCAGGGAAGUGGCAGAUGUUAGCUGUGAUCUAUGUUGUGUUGGUGUUGCUGCUUCUGAUCCCUUUGCAAAUCUUCUGGGAGCGCCGAAGGCGCAUGAAGUGGAACAGGCUGCAGUGGGAGCACAUCGCCCAGUCCUCACGGAAGUGCUCGGCGGCCUUCAUGGCAGCCUUCCGCAUCUUCUGCUGCCUGAUGGUGCUGGUGGUGGAUGUGGUGAUGGUGGUCCGGGAUCCGGAGAACCCCUUGGUAGGCGGCUUCUCCGUCUUCGCCACCUUCACCGUGUGGAGCUGGACGCUGAUCGGGGUCUACAUGGGCCUGGCCGGCUUCGCUUCAGUGCUGUCGGCCCUUGGCAAGGCGCCCGAGGCCCCUGGGGACGAGCUGCGGUCGGCACGGUGCCUGUGCCGCAUCGCUUGGCUCCUCUUCGAGGUCAUGCUGCCCGUGUCCUUCCUGAUUUUUCUUGCGGUGUGGCUGAUCUUGUUGCCGGCUGCCUACAAGUCCACAGGCACUGACAUGGGCCUCUUUUCAGCGUCGUCCCUGGCGGCGCACAACCUGAAUUUUGUCUUUAUGCUCACCGAGGCGCUGCUGAAUCGAUUGUGUAUCACCUCUUAUCACUUUAUAUUUGUCUUCUAUUAUGGUGGCCUCUACGUGGUCUUCUCCUGGAUCUUCUACGCUUUUCAUCACUUCUUCUUCUAUUUCUUCAUUGACUGGCGGUACCCUUUGGUACUCAUCGGCUACACAGCCCUGCUGUCGAUGCUGACCAUCUUCUACUUCCUUGGCCGUUGCCUGGUGAAUUGCGUGAAGCCGCCGCUCUACACCUGGGAUCUGGAGCAGAGCUCCAGCGGAGAGGAGAGCUCUGCCAGCUCCGAGUCCCUGGAGUGA